UAUUUGUAAGCCGGACGUCGCGGGAGUUUUCUCCCACUCCGGCGCCUUGAGAAUGCAGACGGCAGCGGUCGGGGGGCGAGGGAUGAGUGGUUCAGCGGGGGAGCAGUGCUGCCCGGCCUCGGUGGAUAGCGACAGGGAGAGGCCCAGGAAGCGCAAGCACAGCGAGGAGAGGGAAGAAAAGGAAGAUGAACAAGUGGACCGAAAGUACCAGAAAGUGGAUGAGGGUCACUGCAGUAAAGUGGCUGCACACUAUAAUGAGCUCCAAGAAUGUGGAUUGGCAGUCCGCAGUCAGAGUAGAAUCUUUUACUUACGCAAUUUCAACAACUGGAUCAAGAGCGUCCUUAUUGGAGAGUUCCUUGAAUUGGUGCGACGGAAGAAUAGGCAUAACAUCUCUGUCUUGGAUUUGGGUUGUGGGAAAGGUGGUGAUUUGCUGAAGUGGAAGAAAGGGCAAAUUAACAAACUGGUUUGUGUUGAUAUUGCUGAUGUUUCUUUGGAACAGUGCUUUCAGCGCUAUGCUUUCAUGAAAAACAGAAACUACUCCAAUGAACCUCUUUUUGCUGCAGAGUUUAUAAGAGCGGACUGCACCAAGGAGUUGCUGACUCAGAAAUAUAAGGAUCCAAACGGUGUCUUUGAUAUUUGCAGCUGUCAGUUUGUCUACCACUAUUCCUUUGAGUCACUGGAACAGGCAGACACCAUGCUAAGGAAUGCCUGCAAUCACUUACGGCCAGGAGGUUAUUUCAUCGGAACCACACCAAACGCUUUUGAGCUUGUUAAACGCCUGGAAGCAUCAGAAACCAACUCCUUUGGAAAUGAAUUGUACAGUGUAACUUUUCAAAAGAAGGGAGAAUACCCACUCUUUGGCUGCCAGUAUGAUUUUAACUUGGAAGGAGUUGUUAAUGUCCCUGAAUUCCUUGUUUACUUUCCGUUGUUUGAAGAGAUGGCUAAAAGGCACAAAAUGAAGCUGGUUUUAAAAAAAACUUUUGCAGAGUUUUUCGAAGACAAAGUCCGGAAUCCAGAGCAUAAAUUGCUGUUGAAGAAGAUGAAGUCACUAGAGCAAUAUCCCAUUCCAGAGAACAGCAGUUUUAUAUCUAACAAGAAUGAUUAUAAACACGCAGAAGAUUUCCUGAAGAAUCCGCAAGCUAAGGCACCAAUUGGAACAUUAAGCAAAUCUGAAUGGGAGGCUACAAGUAUAUACUUGGUGUUUGCAUUUGAGAAACAACCAUAAGCAAAUCCUUUUUAUUUGCUGGGAACUUCGCUGGAACCUGAAGGUGUGAUAAAGGAGAUAACGAUAGAAGUUGAUCCUUUCGAAGACAGUAUUUUAAGAAUGCUAGUUAUGCCUAUUGGGUACUGAUGCUAUUUUAGAUUGUGGAUUCAAACUGAAGUCCCUGAUGAUCAACGCACAGUUAUUUGCUGCACACGAAGCAAUGUCCUGAUGGAAUGUGUCAUUUAAAAAAAAUCUUUGUACUAUACUUAUUGUUUUAGUUGCAAGCAUAUAUUUUUGUUAAAAAAAAUUGAAUACUGAGCUUUUUACAUUUUACUUUUUAAUGUAGGAUGGUCCUUCUGGAAAUAUUAGAAAAGUAGGUCAGUUGGUGAUUUCAUCAUCAUCAUUAUGUGCUGUGUCAUUUGGUGAUUACAAACUCUAAAAUAAAAAUCUCACUGCUGUUUGAGUUUUUGAACAUGCGUACUGGGAUAGGGUAGUGUAGAUACUUUCUGCCUGCAUUUUGUAGGAAAAAUUAUUUGUUGGCACCAUUUAAAUUAUUUACUUGUCAUCCUGCUACUGUGAUCCUGAAGUAGUUUGGGCUCCAUGCCCUUCCUGUUUAUACUUUUAUGGUGUUAUCUACUUUUAUUAUUUCUCCCCAACCCUUUGUAAGAAUGACCAUUUUCUUUGACUCCUUCCUCAAAACUUACUGUGUAGUUUUUGAAAGACUAACAUAAUCUUCAUGGACGGUGGUUCCAGUCUUGGGCAUCAUAGGCCAAUGUCUGAUGUAGCAAUAAUGGAAGCUGUUGUUUUAUUGGCUCCAUGCCAUUAAGCAUUUGAUUAAUUUCUUGGAUGUUCUACUUUUUGUAAACAGUUUUAUAAACUGCUGACUUUUAGGUUUUAUUUUCCAAUCCUGCCUUUAGAAUGCUGAACAAAUAUGAACUUCGUGGAGCAUACACAUGCUCACCAGUUUUAACUGGGACUUCCCUGUUUCCUAUAGAAUAUUUUAUUCUCCACUGCCACGUUGCCAUCUAUAAACUAUGGCUUCUCUAAAGUAAAUUCUUGUCAAAAAUAUUUAAAGAUAUAAAUGUAAUAUCUUUGGUUUUCCUUGUAGGAACAUAGAAGUGGUCAAAUGUAAUGCAGAAAAUCAGUUGUGGUAGUGUCUGAAUAAAUUUUGAACUCUCACUAUGAAUGUUCCAAAGACAUUGUGCAGUUCUUUUGUUGGAACAAAUCGAUAUUAUGAUGCAUAAAUAUAUUUUACAGAUUUAUAAGCUGUUACAUUUCUUUUGUCAUUUAAAUUAUUUCCUCAUGAAUAAAUUUUGCAGUUGGCAUUGGA